AUGAGUUUAGCAGAAAGAAAAGGAAAGCAACGGAAACGAUUCCACAGCUGUCCUGUUCGUGAGAAAGCGGAAGUACCGCAGCGGAUCGUGCUCAAUCGAAAAGGUCAUGCUAGGGGAAGUAGGUCACAAGAUCUGACAGGCAGAGAAAGCGUCACCUCCUCCAGAGACCCACCGACGGACGGAUUCCAAUCGUUGUCGCAAUUAUUAUGA